UGGUCGAACAAGUACUUAUAAGCUUUAUGAUUGACUAGUAGAGACGUGAUUGACUUAUGACGUCAUUAAUCGCUCUCGGAGCGAUUAACCCAGGGACAGUCGAACACGCUAUUAAUAUCGACAAUGCAUAUCAAUAGCGAUAUAUUCCAUCAAUACAUUUUGUUGAUGAGUAUUAUACUAGCUUAAUAUACCGUUGUUUAUAUAUAUCGUCCAUAUUAAGAUUAUCUAAUAGAAAGUUACUAUUUAAUACGCAUAUCAAGUGCACGAUGUAAACUAAGCCAUUAACUCUAAUAAUUACGAUAUGAGAUGUAAAGAUACUCACGUGGUAAAUAUAUUGCAGGUUAUAAUCAUCGAUUGUCGUAAUUACUCAAAUGUUAUAUGAAUAUUUGAAAUUGCUUACACGCGUAACUAAUAAUGGUUGUAUCGGUAUAUGUUAAAUAUUAAAAAGACGCUUCUGUCUCAUAACAGACCAAUUCGAACCAAUAUAAUGAAUAUUUUAUUCGUCAGAUUAUAGAAUUAUCAAACUUUUGAUAGAAUUUGACAAAACUUUGAUGAUUAGUGUGUAAUGAGGCUGUAUCAAUUUUACAUCUGUACGUAAGAUACAAUCAUGGUACGAUAUUUCCUUAGAUUUUCGUACAUUGGUACACAGUACAGAGGUACACAAAAGCAAGUUUUUGCACCAAACAUACGAAAUAGUGAUACUGUACAAGGUGCCUUAGAAUCUGCUCUAUUAACUAUUUCACCGAAAACUAUAAUUAGACCAAAUAUAAUACUUGCCAGCAGAACAGAUGCUGGAGUCCAUGCUUUAUGCUCUACUUGUCAUGUGGAGCUUGAAAACAGAUACAAUAUUUUAUAUAAUGCAAAUAAUGUGAAAAAAUAUGUUAAUCGUUAUUUUACCAAAAGUGGUCAUACUAUCAGGUUGUUGGAUUUUAUACCUAUCACAUGUGAUUUUCAUGCAAGGAGAUCAUGUUUAUCCCGAACUUAUAUAUAUAGAUUUAUGAUACCUAAAGUACCUGAAGAACAGAGAUUACCCUUAGUAGAUAUGCCACAUACUCACUUUUUGAGAGAACAUAAUUUUGAUAUAGAUAGAGUAAAACAUGGUACGAAAUUGUUUAUGGGAGUAAAAGAUUUUACUACAUUUUCUUCAAAAACGAUAACAAUUAAAAAGAUUCAAUAUGUUCGUUCCUUGCAUAUCUUUACUUUAGAAGAGACACAAUCUUUAGUACCUUUUGAUCCGUUAUCCGAAAAUUUUAGAUAUUUUCAGUUCAUAUGUAAAGCAAAAUCCUUCUUAUAUAAUCAGGUGAGACGAAUGGUUGGUGCUCUAAUUGCUUUAGGACAGCAAAAAAUAACAGAAAAGGAUAUCACUGUUAUGUUUGAAACCCCUUCACAUUAUAAUUGGAAUCCUCGUGUUGGACUUGUACCAUCGAAUGGCUUACAUCUUGUGAAUUUAGAGUACGAUCAAGAGGAAUUAAAACGUUGUACUAUAUCAGAAGAACAAUAUCAGAAAACACGAUUAGAAGGACUAAGCCGAUAUCCGCUGUUGGAAAAACAAGAGCUGCAGAAACUGCAGUUGGAAGAACAAAAGCAAGAACUAGCAAAAUAAAGGAAAGAAUCUGUUUAUAGAACCAUCAAUAUUG